CACCACAGUGACUUCUUGAGAGAAUCAUCAAGGAAGGUUGCGGAGAAUUUAUCUUUAAUUUUCCGCCUCAAUAUAUAAUAUAGGCUUUGGUCAUGACGACUCUGGAUGACAAGCUCCUUGGGGAAAAGCUGCAGUAUUACUACAGCAGCAGCGAGGGUGAGGAUAGCGACCAUGAGGAAGAUGAAGAUCAAUCAAAAACUAUAAGGGGAAAGGAGGUUUUGGAGACUCAGAUAGACUACAGUCCUGAUGGCAGUUCUGUUAACACUGGUCCAAAAGGUGUCCUCAACGACUGGAGAAAGUACAAGCAGCUGGAGACAGAACAACGGGCUGAACAAAAGAAGGAGAUGGAGCGUCUGAUCAAGAAGCUUAGCUUGACAUGCAGAUCGCAUCUGGACGAUGAGCAGGAGAAGCAGAAGCAGAAGGAGCUUCAGGAUAAAAUCAAUGGCAAGGUGACACUCCGAGACGAUGAGGAGGAUAACGACGACGAAGCCUUUCUCCAGCAUUACCGGCUGCAGCGCAUGGAAGAAAUGAGGCGGCAGUUGUGUGGCGAAAGGUGCUUUGAGAAAGUCAUCCCUCUCUCCUCAGGUGAGGAGUUUCUACGCGCUGUCGACGAGGAACACAGGAGCACCCUGGUGGUGGUGCACAUAUUUGAGCCAGAUGUACCUGCAUGCCAGGCCAUGGAGGGCAGCCUUAUUUGUCUGGCUGUACAAUAUCCACAGGUGAAAUUCUGUGCUGCUCAGGGUUCAGUACUGGGUACCAGUGCUUUGUUCCGCAGCUCUGCCCUGCCCGCGUUGCUUCUGUACCGCAGUGGCGAUCUGGUGGGAAAUCUGGUACGUGUCUCUGACCAGCUGGGCGACGACUUCUACGCCACAGAUGUUGAAGCCCUGCUGCAAGAAUACGGCCUUUUGCCCGAGAAACAACCACGCUCGAACCCACACUCGUCCAUCCGCAACGGCACCGCCAACGUCGACGACUCUGACAGCGACCUGGAUAUAGACUAAAGCCGUAAACGCAAAGCAUAUACACGCCUACUUAGUAACUUGUUCCUGACUGAAGUGACCAAAAUGCAAAAUAAACACACUGGUUUAUUCAGGAGGCACACUGACCACUUCAACUUCUUUCCAAGAUGUGACUAAUUUUAUUUGCAUUAAAAUUCACAGGACCAAACGAUCAGAUGAAGGAGUUAUAAUAAGUCAUUUAGAUAGAUACACAGAUUUCAUCAUUCAUCAUUAUUUUCUAUUGAAUUCCUGGGACUAGUGAUCCAACACAGCUUACAUUAUGUAAACAAGACAAAUGAUGUUUAAAUUUAGCACAUCAUUAGUGUAAUAAAGCACUCGUUAAAGCAUAGUGUGCUUUUAAAUCUGUUAAGGCAGUCAUGUUCAAGCUUCUACUAGCUGUAUAUGAUUCACAAUACACAUCAUAUGGAGACCACUGUAUUGAAAGAAUCAAUAUGACCCUACAGUUAUGUGCAAAACAAACUUACAGAUUUAAAGAGUAGGGAAUUAUUUAGAAUUAUUUAGCUAAAUAAAUACACAAGUCAGUGGAAAUACCCCCGUAAAGAUAGUGAGUGAUGUAUGAGCAUGUAGUCGUUUAUCUUUAUUAUGUUUUUUUUAUGAAUGCCCUUGUUACUGCGCUAUGCAAUCCAGGAGGCAGACUGACUCAAGCAUCAUCUAUGUGCAACUAUUUAUUCUAGUUUUAGUUGAAUGUGAAUGUUUUUCUUUGUUUCCAGAACCUUCUGUUAGCUUUAUACAUUUUAUGUAUUUUAUGUGUUCAUGUAGUUCAGAAUAAAUAAAAUAACUCUUAAUCUUG